AUGGUGGACGUCCUCUCAGUGGUCGGCCUUGCGUACCCUGUUGCUAAAGACCUCUUCAAGCUUGCGAAGAGGUUAAGAAGGCUGCAUAAGCAAAUCCGCAAUGCGAAAACCGAUUUAUCCAGUGUGAUCAAAAGAACGAUAUCAGUGGCCCGAACGUACGACUUCUUCAGGGACACCAUGAAAGUUGCUAAGGAAAUUCAAGAGCUAGCGCCCGUGUUCAACCGACAUCAACACCUCAUGGAAAGUAUUGAUGAGGAAUCAAUACGAACCAUUGGAAGGCUGAAGCAUAUCACCGGCAAUUUUCGCUCUCUCAUAGAUGGUGAACCUGUCAGUACGGUCGAAAGAUGGAUCGCACAGUUCGAGUGGUCUAGAGAGAGCAAGAAAACCGUCCCCUCACUCUUCCAGGAUAUGGAGGUACUAGAGAGGUCUAUGAGAACGAUCGGAACCCUGAUGCACAUCCAAUUGCUUUCCCGAAACCGGCAAAGGGAUGGAUCGGGUGUAGUCGUGGCACAAUUUGAAUCUUUCAAGAAGAUGCUGGGUAUCGAGUUCGAAAAGCUUCAGCAAGCUCAACGGAUCCAAAAGAAGCUCAUGAUGCAGCAACAAAUCUCACCGAGUCAACAUCUUAAGGCCAACGAGUUUGCCCAAAGCAUAAUGCAGAUUUUGAAAAAGGAGAUUCCUCGACUGAAACGUCAACAUCCCGCUGAGAGCCAGUCUAUGUCUGAUUCGCGGUCGUCACCAACCUCACCAACAUCAAACGAGCCUUCGCCCAUUGCAACCCCCUCACCCUCUCCCCAAGCAGCUUUGAUAGCCAGACCGAAUACCUUUGAGAUCGUCGCCCCCUUCUCUGUUUUCAUGUGA